AUGGGUUUGGGGUAUGACCAGAAACAGUGGAAGUGGGUCCGCCAAGAGCUACUCGACGAUAUGUUCAUUAACAAAAAGCGUUGGGGGCAUAUACUCGAAUCAUUGGACAAGGGAUGUUACAAAAAUGUGUAUCGAUUGAUAAAUUGGUUAAAUGUUGAACCUGCACCUAUGGCAUGCUGGAUGUGGUUGCCCUACACAGGGUUGUUGGUGGCUCAAAAAUUUGGGGUGAUUGUUCAACAUUUAAGCAACGGUGUUUGUCAAACUUACAUCCCGAUGUUCGAUGGACCGCAGGUUUACCCGAACCAUUCCAUUUUAACGAUUGCUUAUGUCGAAGAUAGCCAUUUCAUCAUGGUUAAGUUAGCGGAUGAUAGCCCGAUGCCAGUACCAAAUGGACUUUGGAAUAUAUACCGAAGUAUGGAAGCUAUGGAAUGGGAGACAAUGUACAUGUCUCGUAUUGCACAUGGUAUGGCGUUACUACGUAGUAAUAGAACUCGACAAAAAGAAGUUAUUGACUUGUGUUAG